AUGUACACCUUGACAGUUCCGGGCAAACUUGUGAGGCAAUUGGUCGAUAUCUUCUUUGACCGUGUGAGUGGCUUCGUACCGAUAUUUCAUCGACCUCAAUUCUAUGCUCGGUACUUCCACAGGAGACGGGAAGACACGAUCGGCCGACAUUUAUCUCUGGAAACUGCUCUCAUUAUGAACGGCAUUAUGUCUCUAGCAGCUCGCUUUUCAAAUGCCGCCAGCUUUGCUAAUGUUGCGCCGCCUUGCCGUGGCCAACAGUUUGCUAAAGAAGCUCAGUCUAUCUAUGCAGAUGCAACUCGGCUUCAGGGAGACGGGUUCUCUCCUUCCUUACAGUACUUGCAAGGUUGCAUCCUCCUAUCCUUCUACCACAACACAAAUUCAUCCAACUCAUUCGGGUGGACACUCACAGGCGUUUGUACUCGACUGGCGUACGAUUUGGGAAUCGAUAUUAUCGACGAGGAUAUCUACGAACAGGCUAACACGUUCAAAAAUCAGUGGGCAUCGCCAGAAGAAUGGGUCAUCCGAGAAGAACUCCGACGUGUUUGGUGGUCAGUCUGGGAACUUGACACUUUUGCAUCCACCGUGGCCCGGCGGCCGUACACGAUUGAUCGAAAUAAAAUGCAUGUCCUGCUUCCGUGCUCUGAUGAGCAAUGGUUCAAUGAGCAACCGAUCGCAUCCGCACCAAUGGGUCCUACUCCAGCAACCGCAUGGAAGAGUCUGCAGGGUUCGCCGAACCAAGAUGAAAGAGCUUGGUUUCUCGUUGCCAACUUCCUGAUGGCAUUGGCAUACGAUCUGAAAGCACAGAGAGUGGUUUCUCCGCAAGCUAGGGCCGAGAUAGAGAGUGCUCUCACUUGCUUCAGCUUGAACUUGCCGAGCCAAUUCCGACUGAAUCCUAGCAUCUUUGUUUUCAACGACCUGACAUUCGCGAGGAGCAACUGGAUCAUAACUACGAAUAUCAUUCUGCAAAGGUGA